CAUGGUAAUUGCUCGCUCUAAGUUUUCUGAUUUGACCGCAAUAAAACAUCUAAACUGCUGGAGCCUGAAAUAUAGUUUCAAGUGGUAUAGUUUUCAGUAAACCCAUUUUCAGGCGUAUCAGGGCUAGUUAUGCCUAUAAUGAAGGAAUUUUCUAGGUGUGGAACAAGGACUGAAUGAUAUGCGAGAGAGAGGGGCGCCGAUGUCGGAGAUGUCAGCGUGUUGAGGAAGAUGCCCAAUGUGGAAGUUCUAGCGCUCAGCUUAAACAAGAUCCGUACGCUGGUGGAUUUUUCGUGUUGCCAUCAGCUACGUAAGCUCUCAGUUAGAAAAAACGAUAUACAGGAUUUGGCCGAGAUCAGGCACCUCAAGCAUCUUCCUAAUCUGACAAAUCUCUGGCUGGACGAGAACCCGUGUGCCAGUCAUGCUGAGUACAGAAUGACAGUACUUCGUAAUCUUCCGAAUCUGGAGAAGUUAGAUAAUGUUCCCGUUACACCAGAAGAGGUCCAAGAGGCGAUGAAACGUGGCAUUCUUAUACCAGAAUCUGGAUCUGAUGAUGAAGUGUGUCCUCAGGAGCAAAGACAUAAUCGGUACCUCACCGCGCGUUCAUUCGAGUCGAGCCCCGAGAGAGUACGGCAACCGCAGUACGCAGGGGAGCUGGAAAGCGAUGGCUCCGUCGAAGAAAGCUCGGAACCCAGAUCUCCGGUUGCGCCCACGUUCCCGCCGUCACAUCGCCGAGUCGCGUCGCCAGUAAACGAGAGGUACUUGCACCCAGCGAUGACCACUUCCCAUUACGAGCCGAGGACUACGAGGUCUACGGAGGCGCCGUCGCUGAAGCGUUCGGUGUCGACCAACAGCAUCAAGGACUUCUCAUGCUCGUCGAGCACUGGCGAUUGGAGACAGUACGAUGCGCCUGCGCAAGACUGUUACGAGCGAGCGAGUGAUCGAAGCGAUACACACUCCUUCCGGGAAUGGGAGAGGGACGAAACAGGCGAGGUAGAGAGAGGGAUAAAUCCCGGGACGAGGGAGUACCCCUCCGCUGUUAUGGACGGGCGGAGGGGCGUAGCCAGGCGACCCGUCACCAUGAACUCGAAUCUGCUAUCAGCUGUUCUCUGUUUAGUGAAAGAGUUGGAUUACGCGAGCUUAGAGGUCGUGGAAAUGGCUGUCAGAAGUCGCAUGGAUGAGUUGGCGAAUAGCCAGUGACACGAAGACAAUUAUUAAUGUUACAAUUGCAAUGGAAUCGGUACAAAGCUAUGGCCAUUUCCCGGCUGACACUCAAAUGAAGCAAAUUAAUAAUAACAAUACAUAUUAGAUUUUUUUUAUUUUCAGACAUUACUAAACACCACAAAAAUAUAUAUAUUUUAAUAUUAUUUACUAAAACAUUUAUUUAAUAAGAAAUAAUUGCCAACCAAAGCAAGCGAAUUAGCAUUAUGCACAACGUAUACAAAUCAUUAAAUGAAAUGAAUUGAAUCUCUAAAGGAUACUUAAUGCAAUUGUUAUUUAUUGUUUCGAUUUUUACCUUUUUAUUUUUUUUAUUUUAUUUGUUUGCUUAAAGUGAAUAU